CUUUGUUUUUCCGUAGUCACAUUGUUCUUGGAAAAGAUGGAAGAGUUAGUUGACCGUGGAAAGUGAAAACUUUAGUUUUCCUUAAAGUUUGGGUGAGAUAUUCAUGGUAGUCAGAGAAAUAAAUAGAUGAUGGUUCAUUGCGAGAAAGAGGGUGGGGAAUGCAUUGAUGUGGACUUUGGUACCACCGAUCCUCCAUCUCCGCCGGAAACCACCCGACCGCCCCACCCAACCACCACCCGAGCGCCAUGGCGUCUCACGACAACAACUGUUCCAUCGCCACAACCGUCGGCGUUCCAAUGGUUCUUUAACAACCCAUUUCAACAUUUAUUCAACCCCGUGGUGCCAAUAAUCGAUCAGCCACUCUGGUAUGAUCCCUUCAUUCCGACGAAGAAGCGGACUCUUCCACCGACAUUGGCCCCACCUCCGACAACGGCCGCCCCAAGUACGACAACCGCCGCUCCGACACCCGCACCUACGACAGCCGCUCCCAGAACAACCAGAAAGCCUAAACCGAGAAGGAAGGGACGGCGCGGCCCAAACCGGAAGAAAGCUCGACGUGUCGAAGUGGAGCGCGAGGCACGAAGGAAGCGGCAAGCCCUGUAUGAUCCCUUGGACUACCUCUAUAGUGAGUGUUCCGGAGGUUGGGAAAUCGACAUGGGAUGCAGCGCUCGCGGGAAGAAGGUGUGUUGUUACAGCGCCAAUACCUCCGGGCAUAGGAGAAAGUAGAAAGGGAACUCCUGAAGAACCCCAAAGUCAAGAAGAUGUGGUUGAAACGAGGUCACCGCCCGUGUUUUUCCGUCACAGUUACGUCACAUUUGUGUUUUAAUUACGUCAUUCAUUGCAGCAGCCCUUUUAUCUUUGUAAAUAAAUCAGUGUAAUCGUGUUGGUUUAAUAUUAUUAAUAUUAUGUCAAAACAUCUUAAUUUAUAAACUGUUUAAUUGGCAUAUUAGAUACAAUGUCAGCUUAUUAUCAAUCACAAAACAAUUCUGGAUCAUUUAUAGAAGUAUCACUUACAUAAUAUUAGAAGAAUAGACAUCAUAUGUAUUAUAUCAAUAUAAAGGCAACAAAGAAGAAAACAAGUUUCCAUCAGCAACAGGAUUCCAACUCAAGACCUCUAGGUCUGCAGUCAGGUAUACAAGCCAUGCACCACGGAGGCAUGUAUCUGUGGUAGAGUUUGCAACAAAAUAUUAGGAUAUUUGAGUGUUUAUGUGUGUCAUAUACAUAAACAUUCACCAAAGUUUAACUGAUGCUUUUCAUUUCACAAUACUGUAAACAUUAACUAUUCAGUGUGUCCAUUACAUGUUUUACUUACGAGUGUUAUCUGCACAAGUAGUCGAACUCACAGUUAAUGUACAUGUAUGCAUACAUGUACGAGAAGUCAACUCAAAUACAACCAGCAACCGUAUAUCUUUACACAGAAAAGUAUACGAAAAGCCAUUCCAAAUAUAAAUUCAUUAAAAAUAGCAGUACUCCAUAUUAUUGGUUUUCCUAAUUGAAAGAAAUGAAUUUAAAAAAAGUUCUUCAAACA